AUGCGUUGUACGCAAGUCCGCAUCAUCGAACCUCUGAACAGUCGUCUUUUCUUGGACUUCAAAAGCAUCCAUGAAAUCCCUCGUAUGCACUGGCGUGACCUCAAAUAUCCCAUAGAUAUAUACAAUGGGAGUGGUCUUCAACACGGAAGCCUAUCUCGAUGCCCCUUCAGGACCAAGGAUGGAAUAAAAUGUGUGGUGACCGGCAAUCGGGCCUAUGCCUUCCGGGAUGGUCUUGAUUACAUGAGUGGUGGGGGUCGUAGACAGUUGAGUAGAACUUUUACUAAAAUGACUUAUACAUGUUAUUUUGGUCCUUCUCAAAUAUGGCUUGAGACCGAAGGUGGAUUUGCGGACUUCAGGUUCAAUCCGCGUUUGCCCGAGGUUGAGGAAUUCAGGCAGUCUCUACUAAACAGCGACCCUUAUGUUCAUAUAUAUGGGGUUGAAGGUCUCAUGUAA